AUGCGCUGGUGUACACUAAGGCACCUAUUUAGUGUAAGUCUUACAGUCUUGAAGUAGUAUUCUAAUCCUAAUUUUCUAGAUAUCCACAGUUAUCCUUCUAGUUGACGCUGGGUUGGAAUGUGAUCCAACUUCCAAUCUCAAGAAACCCGAUCCAAGCAGUCCUGAAUCAUAUCUAUACUGUAAUUUGGAAGGGUAAGCUAAACAUAAAUUAAUGCCUGCUAUCCUAAACCUCAUCACAAUCUUUAGAUCUUUCUCGAAACGAAAAUGCGCUAGCGGAAAGAUUUUCAAUGGCGAAUCCGGAGAAUGUGACUCUCUUAUGCAAGCCGACGAUCCGAUUGACGAUAUUUUUUCGCAACCAUUUUUCCAGGCCCCAGGUACAGUAUUGAUCUACCUCAACUAUUAUUGAUCUGACCAUUUACAGAUGACCUGUGCGGAGAAGGCAUCCCGUUGACCAUUCUCUCUGCCCCAGUUACCUGCAACCCAUCGAUCAGCAGUUGUCCGGAUGGUAAACCUUUUCUUUCCAUACUUCUUGCUAGUUUUCCUAGGAGAUCAUUUCAGGAUACACGUGUCAGUUCUACGAACGCACCGGCUCCAGCUACUGCUGUCAAAACCCGACGCCAACCGCAAAGAGCUCGACUGAUAAGAUCAACUGCGGCGAGGGAAGAGUUACAUACGUCGAGGUGAGCCCUUUAUCGUGUUUGUCCGGCGUUGCUUCACGGACUGUUUGCUCAAUUUCAUCAUAAACUUUCGCUAGGUGGUCAGCGACCGGAUUCGAAAUAGUGACUUGGCCGGGAAAAAGGAAAUGAUUCUUUGUUCCAAAGGCAUGCAGAAAACGAAUUUGAAUCAAAAGAUCUCAAAUAUUUGCCUACUUGCUCAUUUCUUUUUUCGGUUUGCAGAUGGCCACCGGCAAACCACGUUCAUGUGUUCUCUCCAACGACAACUCGUGCCCGACUGGUUUCGGAUGCACUCUCGUCGCCGGGACCACCACAAGAUGCUGUGCCAAGGAUAUGGGAUGUGCCAUCAACUCGGCGCCUCAACUCAGAGGUUCGAACCCAGUUGAGUGCUCGCCAAGUGACGGAAGCUCGUGUAAAAACGGAUAUGUGUGCAGCAAGAGCCAAUACUUGAACAAAUUUAUCUGUUGCUCGAAUCCGGAUGGCGAGAUAAUGGGUGAGUAAUACGAUCUUGUCCCGCCGCACCUUCUCUUGUCUUGUUGACGGAGAGAAUGCAGGCCAAGAAUCGAAAUCACAACAAAAGCAAUUCAUUUUCCUCCUCCUAUUUAGGCUCCUGCCCCGGAGGUGAGACACCACUUGAGAACAUCCAAUGCUCUGCAACCAAGCCGUGCCCGAACGGAUUCUCUUGCAACGAUAAAAAAUGCUGUCCGUACGCGAGCGUGUGCCCGGCCGGAGCCCCAUUGAACAACGGGCCCAUGAAGUGCAGUGAGAAUGCUCCGUGCCCGGAGGGUCAUUCGUGUGUGAGCAACGCUGGCAUCCAGUACUGUUGCCCGGCUAAAGAGAAAGUGUGCUCUCUGCCCAGAAACGGAGGAGUUCAGUGUGCUUCCACCAUGAAAUCCUCAAACCGCUACUAUUUCGACAUUGCCACCGCCACGUGCCGUUCUUUCAAAUUCACUCAAUGCGGAGGAAAUGCCAACAAUUUCGGAUCGCUGGAAGAGUGCGAGGGGUUCUGUGUUGACACACAAUGUCCGAAUGGUCAGGCUCAUCGAAUCGGCGCUGUGAAUGCCAAUUGCGCGCUCGCCCAGGCAGACACUUGCCCAAAUCAGCACUUUUGUCAACUUCCGCUUUUCGGCCCUAGCCCCAUUUGCUGUCCAACUCCGGAAUUGACGUGCAAUGAAAUGGUUUCCGCGGGAACUCCGUGCUUUGGCAGGGGACUCACCAUUCAGAGAUAUUAUUUCAAUCCUUCAACACAGUGAGUUAUCGGCAUGUGAGACUGGUUUGUAUGAUUAUGAUUUUCAGAAAAUGUCAACCAUUCCACUACUAUGGAUGCAGUGGAAACGGUAACAACUUCGAAACUAUCGAUCAAUGCCAAAACUUCUGUCUUCACUCUUCUGAUAACGGUCUGUCUCAAUUCCCAUCCCACCAGUCUAACUCAAAAAUAACUCAACAUUUUCAGCUUGCGAUGGCCUCACCCCAUUGAAGAAUCCAAACUCCGAGCUUCAACGAUGCAGUGACGAGGAUCCGUGCCCGGCUGGCUAUGAAUGCAACGAAUCCUCGUUCUGUUGCCCAAGCUCUGAAAACGCAUGCAAUGCUAACAUGUCCCGUGGAAACGGAUGCAAAGGAUCCACUCAAAGAAGCAUGUGGUUCUACGACAAAUCGAAGAAGAAGUGCUCGCAGUUUGUCUACAACGGUUUGCAUUUUGUUUGUGAUUCUUUUACAAUGAACUCUUUGCUUGCAGGUUGUGGAGGAACCGCUAACCGUUUUACCAACAAAAACGCAUGUACCGAGACAUGCGUGCAGUCCAGCGCCUACGGAUUGUGUCCAAGAGGAAUGACCCCAUUCACCGAGGAAGGAGAAAUCACCCCGAAGAGCUGUACUCUGAACGUCAGAGCCACGUGCCCAAAUGCUGCUUCCUGUGUCAAGUCGUCGACGAACCAGCCGAUCUGCUGUAAGGCCGUCACUGCCUGCCCCAACAACCGUCUUCCCUACAACAUUCCUGGCACCAACUCCGUCGUUGCCUGCAGUAUCGAGCGUGACGACUGCCCCGAAGACUUCCAGUGCUUGGAAUCCGCCACAGUCCCCGGCUUCCACAUGUGCUGCUCGGAACCGCAGCCAUCUUCUCAAAGACCCGUGAGACCACUCCCACCACCACCGGCGCCUAGAAACCGCAAGCCAUUCGAGCCGGACAGCUUCGCGGAACUUCUCUCCAACAUAUCACCAUGCCCACCACAACUCUUCAGCAGCGGACAAAGCUGCACUGUCAACCAGGUCGGAGACUGCCCCAAGAAUCACAUCUGCUUCCGUGAUAUUGGUUACAAACAAGGAUCCUGCUGCCGAACUACUCCGCCAAAGUGCAGUCAAAGAGGUUACGUGCCGGUGUUCCUCGACAAAACUCAAGUGCAAGUAUGUCAAGUGGAUAUUGACGGAUGUCCGGAAGACUCAAAGUGCAUGACAUCUAGCGUGGCGAAGCUCGCAAUCUGCUGCCAGAAAUAUCAACCGCCGAGCCCGAACAACCGACCAGCAAACAGAGGAGUCAACCAAGGAUCGACCUCAAACAACAACCACAACAACAAUAACAAGGGAGCAAUGUGUGCCAAUGGCGAGACACCGUUCCGCGGCGUCGACAAUAAAUUCCAAGAGUGCAACUUCGUCCACAACACUUGUCCGUCGGGAUACCAAUGCGAGUUUUCGUCCACCGGUCAAGCCGUCUGCUGCACAAACUCGAAUCUGAUCCGUUGUCCAGCCGGAUCUUCGGUCUUCGAGUACGGAGGAAGACCAUUGGCUUGCCCAGCUGGAAGUAGCAAGUGUCCCCAAGGAUACGCGUGCAUGGCAUCCACAAACCCUCAACAUCAUCUCUGCUGCUCUUCUGGAAUUGGAAUGGGAGCUUCUCAGCCACAAUGCUUGCGUGGAGUCGCUUACGUCAGUCCUGUCACCAACCAAAGACAGUUCUGCUCUCCAAUGCGAAACGAUUGUCCAGCCGGAUACACAUGCUUCGAGUCCGAUCAGUCUUCCCAAUUCAUCUGCUGCACUCACGGUGAUCUCAGCGACCGAUUCCAAGGGUAUUGCCCACCUCGCCAGAUUCCGUACAUCUCAAGAGACGGAUUCCCACCAACCUGCCACAUGCAGCUCUCUCCAUGCCCAACAACUGCUCCAUACGUUUGCAUCUACUCUCCAGAGAAGCAAGACUCCUACUGCUGUGCUCCAAUCGAUACUGCUGUUCACGUGGUGACUCCAGAUCGUGGAUUUGCUUCUCCUGCCAAGAACGUUGAUCAAUUCGAGACACCUGAAGAACCCGUGUCUAAUGUUCCUGGCAUGACACAGACGUUCCCUGGAGGACCACCAGCCGCAGGAAUGGGACCGAUAGGAAUGCCUGAUCCAAUUCCUGGCGUCGAUAAUACCAGAGUAUUGCCACCAGCUUUGGCGCAAGCUGAGAUGGAGAAGAAGAUUCGCGAGCAGUUUGCCAACAAGGAUGGAAAUGUCAAUACUAACUUUGGAACCUUUGGAAACUUUGGAAAUAACGGAAAUCCAAUCGGCGGAGGAGUCAGCUCUGACCAAUUCAAUGAGAUGGGAUCCCGAAGCGGAUGUCCACUCGGAUCCCGCCCACUCAUCGGAUUCAACCAGCAAAUCACCGAAUGCUCCCAACAACCGUGCCCUGACGGAUUCUCCUGUGUGUUCGCCGAAAAAGACAACCGAUUCCAGUGCUGCUCGUCCGUUUCUAUCAUGCUGGCUGUUAACAAACCUGUUAACAAGCAAGCGACUCCAACUCCCUCGCCAACCGGACAAAUUGAGUGCCCGCCUGGAUUUUUCAACAUGGAUGGAAAGUGUUUGAAGAGUAAGUUUCAUUCAGAAAUUCUGGUUUUAUGCAAAUUUUCUAUUUCAGUUCUAUUCGCCGGUCAAAAGGGAUGCAUCUCCAAUGAACAGUGCAGCAACCGCGAGGCCAACUCCACUUGCGAUAACGGAUACUGUAUCUGUCCAACUGCCAAGCCACUUGUUCAUGGUGGAAAGUGCAUUGCUUCCUGUCCUGAAGGAUUUGCCAACAUUGCCGGAAGAUGCUACGACCCGACCACGGUCAUUUUCAUGGACUCUGUGGAUGAGCGAAAGAACGGAACGAUUGGAGGAUACUGUCUUGAGACGCUGAUCGAGGAGAAGAGAUGUCUGGUGCAAAACAGUUAUUGCUCGGAGAAGACGGUCACGUGUACCUGCCAACUUGGUUAUGAACUCGUGAUGAACUUUGAUAAUAAGGACGACAAGGGCAAUUGCAAGAAAAACACCGACUCCAAGUACCAUGACAUCAAGGCUACAACUGCUUCUCCGUUUGAUGAUGAACUCUAUUUCAUUGAUAUCAGUAAGUUGUAUCAUUCUUCUCUUGAAAAUGACUAAUAGCCCUUUGAUUACAGGCUCAAUGAACCACGAAAGUCCUAUGAACGAUACGGGAGUGGAAAGUGAAGAUUUGAACAAGUAUCUCUUCCAAUCCGACGAAAUGAUCCCAGUUUUUGCCUAA